CAGAACGUGUUGUAAAAAAAUGCAAGAAAAUGAGGAGCAGACGAACGCGAGGCUCAGUGUUGCAGAGAACGUCGUCGCGGGUGGACGCGACGCUCCCUUUCCCUCGGAAUGGCGAACGAGACGACAGAACAAAUGGCUCAAAUGAGUUUAGGGGAAAUUUACACCUCGGAGAAACAUGGCUCAGAUGAGACGGGGGACGGCACUGCUGACCUACCCUUGAAGACAGCCAUGCAGGCCAUGCGCAAGGCUGGCAAGGAGCCUUUCCCCACCAUCUACGUUGACGCUAAAGAGGAAGGACAGAGUGAGGGGCCCAAGGUGUCGGGCAGCAGCAAUGCAAUAGCCGACAUGGCUCCUUGCCUGCAAGCACUGGACAUGCACCUGUGUGAGUCCAGUUACCUUGCAGGCCACCAGCCAACACAGGCUGACACUCUCGCCCACCAGCGGCUAAGAGGGGGGGCCAUAGCGACAGCAGAGACCCAAGGUGGAGACUCCCAUGGCUACCCCCAUGUCGCACGCUGGUGGAGACACAUAGAGAGUUUUGGCAGCGAGAGGGAGGGAUUUCCCUCUGCUGACCCUGCUGUUCUGGAGCGGUUUAGCUUAGGGGAUGUGUGUUUAUCGCAGAAAUAUGAAGUGAUUGCUAAGAGUCAGUUGAAGAAGCUUACAAAACUCUGGAAGGAUGAGUGCAAAAAGAUUGAAGCUCGGCUCAAGAAAGAGAAGGAGGAUGCAGAGAAGAGAGCGAAGGCCAUAGAAGAAGCCAAGAAGGUCGUGAUCACAGAAGACAAGAGCCUGCCAGCCCCCGUGUGCAUCAAGAUCCGCGACGGAAAGGAGCACAGAGGGAAGCGCGUCAAAAUCAGGGGAUGGGUCCACCGGCUAAGGAGGCAGGGUAAAAACAUGAUGUUCAUCGUUCUGCGAGAUGGCUCGGGAUACCUACAGUCGGUGCUGACGGACCAGCUUUGCCAGACGUACGAAGCUAUCAUUCUCAACACUGAAAGCACCGUCACUCUCUACGGCAUGCUGCAGGAGGUGCCAGAGGGGAAGGAGGCCCCAGGUGGACACGAACUCCAAGUAGAUUUUUGGGAGCUGGUAGGAGAGUCACCAGCUGGUGGUGCAGAGGCAGAGAUCAACCAGCUGUCCAAUCCUGAUGUGCAGCUGGACAAGCGACACCUCAUGAUCCGCGGAGAGAACUGCUCUAAGGUGCUGCGGCUGCGUUCAAUCCUUAUGAAGGCCUUUGUAGACCACUACACGGACCGCGGGUACGAGUGGAUAUCCCCCCCAACCCUGGUGCAGACACAGUGUGAGGGAGGGUCCACGCUCUUUGACUUCAAUUUCUUUGGCGAGAAGGCCUACCUCACUCAGUCCAGCCAGCUGUACCUUGAGACGUGCAUUCCCAGUUUUGGUGAUGUGUUCUGCAUUGAGCAGAGUUACCGAGCAGAGCAGUCACGCACCAGAAGGCAUCUGGCAUCUUACACUCACGUUGAGGCCGAGUGUCCCUUCAUUAGCUUCGACGACCUCCUGGAUCGCAUUGAGGAUCUGGUGUGUGAUGUGGUGGACCGUGUGUUGAAGCACCCUGUGGGCGGAGACCUGAUGAAGGACCUCAACCCUGAGUUCGUGGCCCCUACUCGGCCCUUCCUCAGAAUGCCUUACAAAGAUGCCAUCCAGUACCUCAAGGACAAUGGCAUCACCAAAGAGGAUGGGACACUGUAUGAGUUUGGAGAGGACAUUCCCGAGAUGCCUGAGCGCAAGAUGACAGACAAGAUUGGCAGACCAAUCCUGCUGAACCGCUUCCCUGCGGGCAUCAAGGCCUUCUACAUGUCCCGCUGCGAGGACGACAAGGGCCUCACUGAAUCUGUCGACUUGUUAAUGCCAGGUGUGGGAGAGAUUGUAGGAGGGUCAAUGAGGAUGCACGAUUACCAGGAACUCAUGGAUGCUUACAAGGCUAGUGACUUGGACGCAAAGCCAUACUAUUGGUAUACUGAUCAGCGCCGGUACGGAACCAGCCCCCAUGGUGGUUACGGACUGGGCUUGGAACGCUUCCUUUGUUGGAUAGCCAACCGCUACCACAUAAGAGAAGCCACGCUCUACCCCAGAUUCGUCGGCCGUUGCACGCCUUAAGCAAAGAAUGAUUAAUAAAUAAAUUACAACCACAGUGUGAAAGGAGUACUAGGGAUUUUUUUUCUCUUUCCUAUAAUGUACACACCGUUGUUGCUAGAGGCACGUGGGGAGUCCAUCGACUGUUAUUUUCCGAGCUGUUUUAUAGCUUGCAAUUUUGUAUUCCUGAUCAAUGAGAGAUGCUUGUAUAAAAUGGCCUUUUUAUAUUUAUGAAUAACAACACCUUCAUACUUAUCUGUGAUUGAGAAGGGUUUGCCUGAUUUAUGAAUAUGGAGAGGGUGGGCUGUUUUUUCUAUCUGAAUUUCUUGCCUGCUUGAAUAAUUUGAGUAUCAAAAAUCAUGCCUUUCAUUUAUUUAUUUUUUUCAUCUGGCAAAGCAAGUGAUUCAGGAAAUAUAUCAUUUCUGUAUGAUAUAAUUUUAAAUGGUCUUCCUUUUCAUAUGCAAUUCCCACUUGGUUUAAAAAGUUGCACUGAUUUACACACAGUAGGGCUUUUAAAAAGGAUAUGUUUAAGGCCGGUCCACAAGAGCAGGCACAAUUGGUGACAGAAGAGCAAGCACAAGUAAUGAUGCCAUUACAGGUGAGGAAACCACUCGGUGAACAAGUUCCCUUUGCUUUUUUGGCCGUGAUGUCAAUAUCACAGCUGCCUGUUAUUGUGCCUGCGGAUCCUAGCUGCUUGUGUGGAAAGGCCUGCACCUGGAUAGUAGUUUUACCAUAGCAUUGUUUAUUGAAGGUAAAUGAAGGCUUCAUGUAAUGAUUAUGUAUUUUUAAGCGCUAAAUUAUGAUGUACCUUUCUCAACAUUAUUUAAUAUGGGUAAGUCUAUGUUAAAGUGAAAAUACACAUCCAAAGUCUA